AUGGUUAUUUUUGCGGCGAAACGAGAACCAAACUCUGGUAAAAUACACGUAACAUCACCCGGUCCUGGUCCAUGGGUAAAUGGAUCGAUCCAAGCGGCCACCUGGAGAAGCGAUGACCCUGAGCUCCCUCAGGAUAAAUCUGUCAUCGUCGAAACAUAUCAAUCUUUACCAGAUAAUGAUAAACUCAUUUUGUCGCUUGGUCAAGUAAAAUAUACAGCGGCGCAGAAGCAAUUUGAAAUCACUAAUGAUUAUCCCAAGAAUGGUGUAUUUUACGUGCUAGUAUCUGUUGCUGAUGAUCUAUCUACCUUUGGUACUUCGAGUUACUUUACCAUUGCACAGAACUAG